CUGGAUCAUUGUGCAACACCGGAGCCCAAAAUCUGCCGAGGUUGCUCUUAUCGCUUAGAUUAAAAGCCUGAAGAAAGACUGAAUGCAUUCGGAAUAAUAGAAGCAGUGGGGUGAAUCCCCUGCAUUUGCUGAGCGUGAGGAUGGAGGAUUAUGAUUACUUAUUCAAAAUUGUGCUGAUAGGAAAUGCAGGAGUGGGCAAAACCUGCCUCGUCCGACGCUUCACGCAGGGGCUGUUCCCUCCUGGACAAGGUGCCACCAUUGGAGUUGAUUUCAUGAUUAAAACUGUGGAAAUAAAAGGAGUGAAAGUGAAGCCCUUUUCACGGCUGUUAUUGUUUGCAGGGAAUAAGAUAGACCUGGCCGAUAAGCGAGAAGUUCAUCGGCAGAGAGCAGAGGAGUUUGCGGAGGCGCAGAGCAUGCUUUAUCUGGAGACCUCUGCCAAAGAAUCGGACAACGUGGAGAAGCUCUUUCUGGAUCUGGCCUGCGAACUGAUCCGAGAGGCCAAGCAAAACACGUUGGACAACAACGACUCCACUCCCAUGCCUGGAGAAGGGAAAAACAUCAAUUACUUGAGUUGCUGCAGCAUAAACUAGUAGGCUUGGCCACUCUGUCUGGCUGAGAGGGCAACAUGGAUUGCAUACAAAGUGGUUGUAUUGUUGGGAACCACUACGUAGUUGCAGUGGUUACUGUUUUCCACUGCUGUUGAAGUCUACUUCUUUUACCCUUUUUAAAUCCCUGGGUAUUUUAAAACAUUUGGGAAAAACACGAUAUCAAGAUGACGCUGCUUUUAAAGGUGGGUCCGAAGCUCCUAGAUGCUUUUGGUGAGAAAAAAGGGCCUUGUUACACAAAUAUUCUUGCUGAUAGAUCAGACAAUGAGAUUUUCUAUACUUCUGUACAAUGCAGCAGUUGGGAUUUCCCUUCUGACUUGAGAGCCAAUGUAUUUGUCGAUUUGAAAAAACGAGAAUGCAGGUUUUCAUCAGCAGUCUCAGCCACUUUGAAGGACUAGUUCAUCCAAAAAUAAGCAUUCUGUCAUUAUUUACUCACCCUCAUGUUGUUCCAAACCCAUUUGACUGACUUUUUCUGUGGAACACAAAAGAAGAUGUUUUGAAGAAUGCUCACAAAGCUCUUUUCCAACAGAAAAUAUACAGUGACCAAAGCAGUCCAUGUGACUUGUGAGUUAUAUUCCAAGUCUUCUGAAGCCAUAUGAUGCUUACGGGUUUGGAAUGACAUGAGGGUGAGUAAAGGAUGACGGUUUUUAUUUUAGGGUGAACUGAUUCUUUAAGAACCAUUGCCACAAAAUUCGUCUGUUGGUGUGCACAUUUAUUAUUCGCACAAAAUGCACUUCUUGUUGAUUGCUUGCGAGAUUGUUUGAGGUUGCUUAUGCAUGCAUUUUUUUAAAUGAAGAAGUCAAUAAUGCAAACAGAUAGCCAGCUCCCUUAAAUAAUCUGCUACAGAAAGACGUGAAGUAAAACCGCCAUUUGAAAUCCUCAUUUAUCAGGUAGUCAGUUUAUAAGAAUAUAAACUCCCCUUAAUGCUUGCAUGGAAGUUUGGCUUUGAAGGCCAUGUCAUUUUGAGAAGUCAUAGCAAAAACCCAAUGUGCCUCUGCCAUUUGCAUUGUCAUACAUUACAUAGCCCUGGGGAAUCACAUGGAGCACAUGUUUGGGUCAUAUUUCACCCCAAAAUAUCACUCAAACCGGGUCGAUAUAUUGAUCUGGAAGUUUUACUUUUGUUAGUUUCAAGGAUAAAUCUCAGUAGAUUCUCAGUAUUGUAAUACAGUAAUGGGAAUAAUACUGUCCAGAUGCAAUUGUUUUUUUUAAAUGAUUUUUAUUAUUUUCACAGUACAUGUAUACAUACUUUACAUACCUUUUUUUUUUGCAUUAUGUUUAGGAUUGAGAUUAGUUGCAUUACAGUAAUAGGAACAUUAUUGUUCAUAAAAUAAGCUCCCAUUUUCUUUUCAAAAAA